AUGCCGGACCUUUCGUCUGCUCCACGGGGCACAGGCUGCCGACGGGCUCUAAGUUAUCCGGACAGAAGGCUUCUUCACAGCCUCACAUGCAGUUCGCACAUGCCGACCUCGGAGGAGCCGACCGUCCGCAAUGGAGGCCAGACACGAACACGAACACAAACACGAACACGAACACGAGCACGAACACAAACAGUCGACUGGCCUCCAGGUUGGCUGCGCGGUCUUAGUUUGCUGGGAAGCGGCGGUUUACCAGCACUUGACAACUUGGUCGCGUCGUCAGGACUCGACCUCACGCGCUUUGCCCGAAGCAGAGAGGAGCUCGACAGGAAUGGGCCCAGCAUGUUGCCGAAGCCUAACCGGUUUGAGGUCACUGGCGAAACUUGGUCGCGUCGUCAGGGCGGCCUAGAAAAACACAUCUUGUUCCCAGUUUCGGGCUGUGUAGUUGGUACAUUCACGGAAGUUUUGCCGGGUUCGUAG